GUCGCGACGGGUCCGCUGAGGCAGGGCGGGAGGGUGGACGGAGGGCCCGCCGGCCACCACUGCUCAGUCACCCAGCGGACAUAGCGGCGCACGGUCUUGCCGCACCGCCCAGUUGCCGCUCAGUCCACCACUGGCACCCGACCCAGGCGGCGGCACAUAGCGGCGGCUCCAUCCCUGCCACCGCUCCUGUGGCAUCCCUACCUAAGCCGCCCCCAUGGACUUAUCACUGGAUACUUGAAUCUGUUGUGGUGAAAUUAAGAAUGUAGAGAAUCAGCUGUUGAAGAUUAUGAAUUUCCGAAACCUUUCCUCGACUUUAAUUUUUGAAGUGUCAAGUGAAGCAAGGAAAUAGAAAAUAGCCGCCAGGAGAGGAAGUCAAGGCGGCGAAGACCCUGUGUGGUGGUGACGCGGGAGGCUGUGAGGACAUGAUACUGAGGUAGGCGAGGACACAGCAGCCACCUCCUGUAUGAAACUCCGCAGUCCUGACUCGGAUAAGAUGGAAGUGUUGUAUCCGGGCAACUUGGCUCUGCUGAGCAUGUUCCUUAAAAACCCAGAGACGGACAAAGGCGAAAUCAAGACGGACGAGGGAAAGCGAGGUGACGGCGCGGGCGAGUGUGCCGAUGUGCUGACGUGCGGAGUGUGUCAAAAGGACUUCCUUUUGGCCGACAUCCUCCGUUUUAUCCAGCACAAGGUCCACAACUGCCAGGCUCCUAGCGCGCCCUGCGGCCAAGAUGCGGCCUCCGGGGAGCAGGACGUCCCAGCCAGUGCUCCGCCCUCAGCCACUAGAGACCACAAUGGCGACGUGGGUUCUGAGGGGCCCUCCAACCCGGCCAGUCCCGCCACCGUCACGGGGGACGGUGAUGAUAAUAAGGCCGAUGAGAAACGCAAGAGGGACGACGAAGAUGAUGCCCCAGCGCGGAAGAAGCCUCGAAGCACUCAGGAUGCAGAGGCCAACACCACUGACACCGAGCCUGCUCGGUAUGUGUGUGGAACCUGCGGCGCCGUGCUGGGCUCCGCUUGGUCACUGGUGCAGCAUGUCCAGUCUUCGCAUGGCAUCAUCAUCUACCAAGAGGCUCCAGGAGGCAUACCCCUCUCCGCCCCCUCCACGCCGCCCGGCCUGCCAAGGCCCUCUCACUCUUCCCCGCUGGCGUCAGUGUCUUCCACAGCCACCACGGCCUCGGGACCUCAUCCACCCCCACUUCAGUUGCUAGAUCCAUCCAAGGUGGAUUUAACCAAGGUAGACAUUACCAAGGUGGAUCUCUCCAAGGUAGAUUUGAGCAAGAUUGCAGCACCGGUAACAUCAGGCGCUACCCCCCUGCCUCCCCAUCCCCCGGUGACGGCCCCUCUCCUAGACCCCAGCCACCCAUUCAACCUCUUACGAAUGCCCAUUGGGGACACCCGCGCCCCCUUUCCACCAGGCCUCACCCCACCCUUUGUGCGGCCGGGCCAUGACUUUCGGAUGGACCAGCUGCUUCAGGAGGGACUGCGCCUCAAUCCCGGCCUGCUUCCUCCGCACUUUGAACGGCCGCCCUUUCUUGACCCCGGGCUGGGCGCACCCCGCCAUGCGGCGCCCACGCCCCUAAAUACAGGCGGUGACCCAAACCUUGACUUCUAUUCCCAGAGGCUGCGGCAACUGGCCGGCACAACCAGCCCCACCAGCUCCACUUCGCCCCGCAAACCUCUUCCAACUCCUCCCUUCACCUCACCCAACGGCCCCACUCCUUCCAGCCAGGCACCCUCUCAGACGCCCACUUCUACUCGAACUGAUUCGACAUCGACGGCGUCCAAGCUCCGACGAUUCAAAUGCAUGACUUGCUACAAAAGUUUCCGGUGGGAGAGCAAUCUAGCCAUCCACCAGAGGAUUCACACGGGCGAGAAGGAUUACCGCUGCCCGAAGUGUCAGGAGACUUUAUCCAGCCCCCAGACACUGCGCAUCCAUAUGAAAUCACACAGGAAGAGCUCUUCUACAGAAAGCAACUCUCCGGACUCCUCGCGUCCUCAGACAGAGGACGAUAAUGACGAGGAAGAGGAAGAAGAAGAAGAGGAGGAGGAUGAUGAAGAAGAACCUGAUGAUGACGAGGAAAACCCUUCUAUUUGUGAUAGUGUAGACGAAGAUGAAGAUAUUGUUGAGGAAGAGAUUGAAGACGAUGAGCCUGAAGACCUCUCAACGACAUCCAAGUCUACCCCAGCGCCUCCCACCCAGAGCGUGUCCUCCAGCACAGCGGAGAACCACAAGAUGCCGCUCGGGGACCAGCAGAGGACUGUCGUGGGAGAGCUUAUUGAUAAGUUUGGUCUUGGUAACAUCUCCGCUUACAGUGAAGCUUAUCAGCAGGCACUAAAGGAGUCAGGGCGUCUGUCUCACCACUAUAUUGGUAAGGACGGUGAAAAAAACCACACUAACGGAAUAGAGAAGUUGAAAUUACGAGAUGAUCUAACGAAGGGCAUGAUGGGUUCCCAGCCGACUCUCGACCUGGCACACCAAACACUUCUGGGGGCGUUUGAUAAUCCAUAUGACGCACAAAAAAGGAUUGCUGCAGCCCAGAGGGAUGGAGGCCUCUAUGCCGGGCUCUGGUUCCCCAAUCUUGCAGGAACCGGAGCCCCACCUAAGGAUAUAUUUUCUGGCAUGCAAACAUCGGACGCUAAUUUUUUACACCGAAAACUCAUGCCAGAGGGACCCAUGAAGCCCGGAGAUGUGCCAGUGGCCCUUCCCAAGCCGGGCACCAGUUCGGCUCCCGGCACCCCGAUCUCUCUGGUUCCACCGACAAAAAAGGAAAGUCGCAGAAACGAUACGUGUGAGUUUUGUGGCAAAGUGUUCAAGAAUUGCUCGAACCUCACAGUGCACCGGCGAUCACACACAGGAGAAAAACCUUACAAGUGUGACCUGUGUAGCUACGCAUGUGCCCAGAGUUCAAAGUUAACGCGGCACAUGAAGACACACGGCCGCAUGGGCAAGGAUGUGUACCGCUGUCGUUUCUGUGACAUGCCUUUCAGUGUGGCAUCAACUCUAGAAAAACAUAUGAGGAAAUGUGUUGUAAAUCAAAACAAGAAAGGUUUAUUCCCACCACUGUCAGCCGGUGGCCACGAAGGACUGGACUCUUACAAGGGACUCCACUUCACACCCGUUAUUAGCGAUGACUCCUCCAAGUCGAGCAGUCUGUUCUCGCCGCACUUUAACACCACGCCCACCGCCGCCACCACGCCUAAUGACGAUACAGGAGAUUCAUCAAACCUGUCGGGCCCCGGAUCUUGAGAAUGGGCCCCCUUGGCAGCCCCCCAUCUGCCGCCGCCAGGAAGCCAGGGUCUCGCUCCCCCUACCAUGCGAUUCCCAAGGGCACCCACUCACCCCUGGGUUCAGUCUGGUCGCCCACCACCACCACUCCUGCUGCGAGGAGUGUCUGGGCCCAUGGCUCCUUCUGCACCCCCCUGGACUCCACCUGUGACGCCGCGCCCACCAGGGACGCCACCCAGCACCUCGGCGUCGCCCACCUGACCGACGGCGGCGGCAGCAGCGACAGGGCGGGCGGCAUAGCCCGCACAUUCCCACACCUCGCGUUACGUGACUUCCCAAUGAGCGGUGCCCUUCCUGCCUUCGCGUGGUGUAGGGCGCCUCAACAAGCUAGUCCUGUGUGUUGUGCGACGGUGGCGGCAGCAGCAGUAGCAGCACGCCCACACUUGGCCCAUUGUUCCUAUUGAUGUUAUAUGUUGUGUAGUGUGUGUUGUCUUACCAUGACUGGUCACAACAGUGACAGAAGGUGCGCUUAUCCUAGAGUGUGUCUGCCACCGACAGCUGAACCAAACUGGUACAAACACCAGAUACCCCGUCACAGCUGCUGUGCACCGGUGUCACCAUCAGCUGACCCUUACCGGUGCUACGAACGUUCCCCAGCCAGUCAGACACGAGGAGUCUGCAUCACUCGUGCACUUCACUGACGGAAGAUCAAUCACAGACUACCAAACAAUUACCAUGUCUAAAAGCUACGUGAGGCUUCUAGGUUAUCAAUACGCAGUUUCUUGCUCAAUACUGUGAAACGACAGACAAGGAACCUUCAGCACCUGUGAGGCAAAACAAAAGGAGGCCCAGAUGAUCUCUUCAACUGUGUUAAUCCACCAGAUAUUUUGAGUUGUGUAUUUGACUGAGAUAGGAAGUUUGUUAUUGUGUUAUUAAUAUUUUUAGAGAGAGGAAGGAAUAGCGUAGCUAUUUGGUGCAAAGAUGGCGCCCCUUCACCUCAGGGAUGCCAACACUGUCUGCGUGGGUGGUUGCCGGUACUGUAACAACUAGAAAGUGAAGCUUAAUCAGUUUCUUAGUUUCAUCCUGAACACUUGUCUGGGCAGUGUAACUAUAACAUUGAUCAUGAUCCUUGAGACUAACAUAACACCUUGGUUUUCAAACUUUUCAAGACUUUUGUUUCAGCUUAUUAAAAAUUGAUUAAUGCCGUCGAGCGUGUUCUGAGGGAAGAGAUAGGCGCCGCAGUAACUCUGCGCCUCUCCUGAUGCGUCGCGCUCUAGCACUGCAUAUGCAUCAUCGAGAUGUAGGUUUGCACCAGGAAUCAGAUCUUUCGACUGAUCAAUAGAUUUGUUGCUCUCUGCCAUCCAGAUUUUGUUUGAUGUGAUUCAACUAAAGCAAUUAAUGUACUGUUAUAAUAGCAUACAAACUCCUACCCACACUCCUCCCAGUGAGGCAAGUACAGGCGUGGCUCAGAGAUCAGCGAAUGUAGAAAAUCAAUACUGUUAUAAAAAUGUCACGUUCCAGAGAAAAUGUAAUAUAUGCACAACCCACCACCCCGGGGCACGAGUGGCGGCCGCAGGGUUGGGGGGAAGGGACUGUCGGUGGUCAACUGCUCACCACGGGAGUUACCGAGGCGCCCAGGUGACGGGUUGAGGGAAGGUGAGGUGACAGUGGCAAUAGUGAUCACAUCUUGACAAAUUGUGUUACUCUUGCAUACACUGUUCUGUUCUGGUAAUUUAAACUAAUCCUUUAAUCUAGUUCAUGACUGAAAAAGCUAGUGCCACUUUGGGUCAUCUCAGGUCACCUCAGUCUCUCCCUUCACUCUCAAAUCGCAUUGAGGUGCCGCCGCCAGGCCACUCUUACCAGGCUGUUUGAGUUGCGCAGUUCACCUCCUUGUUUUCUAUUAUCACUUGGUAUUUGAAGCACAGUCUUCACUCUUCCUCGGAUCCUUCUUGCCAGAAGACAGACUCGCGUGUUCUGUCUUGGGCUCCAUCAGUAUUAUCUUGUUUUAUAUCAAUUUCUUAUUUUCCCGCUUUCCUUUCUUUAUUUUGACGUUUUGCGCAUCGGACGUGUCGGAAAGGACUCGCUAACUGCUCUAUAGUUGGUCUAUUAUAUUUUGUUUGCAUUGACUACAUUCCUUAUUGUUUACUUUUGAUCGCUUUCGGUUACGCGUCAAAUAUAUAAGUGUUUCUUUGUUUUUUGGUAAGAGUUUACAUUUUCUCAUAAUAAUAUUUUCACUUUUAUUUAUCCGCCCAGAAACAAUUACGUCAAGCCAUCUGUCGAUAUUUUCUGAUGAAGGUUAGUGCGUGCCAUAUGAGGACUGUUUUCAUGAUAUCGGUAUGGAAUGCGAGAUUUUACGUCACUUGACCUCAAGUAAAAAAGAAAUAAAUGUUAUUGCACUAACUUAUACAUAAUGAAGGAAGACUUCAUCAUUUUCAAUCCAGUCGGAGUGAAAUUUGAACUCUCUCUUUCUAAUCUUACCUCUUACUUUCACAUCUUGUAUAGCGGGAGCAUUGGUUACCUGGGCUUUAAUUUGUCUGCAUCCAAGGGGAAUGCAAUCUGUUAAUGGUUUCUGGGUCCCCCUUGUGUAGCCUCCUGAGGGUGUCCCGCGGUGGCCUCAGGUCCUGUGUAGGGUGUGGCCGCGGCCCUCCCAGCUAAGGCGCCCUCAAUUCCCUCGAACGUGGGUUUCGAGCUUCUCAUGAUGUAAGCUUCAUGAUGUCCACAGUAUGGGGCUGAAGCCUCUCAUAAUAAAACCAAAGAUAACGACUAAAAUGCUCCCCGCCCACACCCCGCCCACCUGCCUAUGGUGGGUGGGCGAGGCCCGGGCGGAAAGGCUGCAUUUUGGACCAGUUCUACCCUGUAAAUAGUGUACAUAAGAUAGUUUAUAUUUGUAUAUGUAACUAUAGAUUAUUACUGAUAUGAACUUUAUCUCAAAAUUUGUACAAUUGGUGGUUAUGUCAACACUUCUACAAAGACCCAUCUCUGCACCAAAUAACUCACUGAUUUUUUUUUUAUUUCAAAGUGUUUUCUUGUCUUACUAUAUUUUUUUGAAUCAGCAGUCUUGAAGAUCUGUUGGAAAUAGAUCUAAACUGCACAUAGGAUUAAUUGAUAUGGUGUCCAAUGAUUGGUGGCGUCGGGCCCUCCAGCGGCGGCCUGCAGGGCACCGCCUUGAUGGGUGGAGGACGGCACGCCAGCAUCUGCCCUCCGCGGAUGGCGGUCUGCACUGCAUAACCAGGCAUACCAUGUCACUGGCCAUACGAGUAAUGCGACAGGGUAAGGGCUGGACCGCGUGUGCUGCCUGCAGGAUCCUGGCCGCCUUCUUAGCCUCCACGGGCAGCCUGUCUCGAGGAUGAUACUGAUGUGGACAUCGAGUGGCACUCCAUGGUAUCAGAUCGACAGAGUGGACAGCCAGGCAGCCAAGGUGCCUCCACGUACGCUGAGGGACAAUUGGCUGCCUGCUGGAUACUGGACUGGGCUGGCUGCUGUGGACUAGAAGGCGCUGGCCGGCGGCUCGCUGCCUCACUCGCUAAGAGCUACCGUGUAAAACAUCUGUGUUCUGUAUUCUUGAAUUGGGGUCAACCCGUUGUUAAUUGUAUGCACAGUUUUUAUUGUAAUUAAGGUAGUGAAAUGAAAUUAUCUUACUUGUAAAAAGAUGACUGUACCGAACACUGAUUUUUAUUAAUGUUGUUUACAAUCACUGUGAAGCAGAAACUUUAGUGUCACUAAUAAAGACUGAGAGAAUUCCGUGGCGUUGCUUACCCGAGUGACCAAAGCGCUUGUACCUGCUGUCAAUGUCAGCCUCCGAGGCCGCCGGGUGCUGCUGUCCCUUCCAAGGUCGUGCUUGAAGAGGGACUCUCGCCCCGCGGCAGGCUGGGGCGUGCUGCACGGCACGAAGGAAAUAACUGACCAUUUAGUUUCUGCAGUUUGAAACAAACCCGCGUGUAACAUGCUUUUUAUCGAUGGUGCAACAAAAAUAAAUAUAAAUCUCCUAUGUAGGAUUCAGUCAGUCGCUCGAUCCUCUGCUGGCGAUAGUCACUUGUUUCCUAUGUACGAUCCAGCAACUCUACUAAACCAGAGGAAAAUGGUGGAGGACCUGUGCUAUUUCUACUACACACUGUUCUCAUCUAUUUAUUAGAUUACAAUUGGCGUGAGGAAACAAAACCUUUGUACAUGUAGAGUUGAAUAAAUGUAUUUAUCUUCGUC